AUGUUAUUUAUGAAAAAUUAUUACUAUUUUAUGCAUAAUAAAAAAAUAAAUAGAAAGCAUUAUAAAAAAUUUGGUUUUUAUAAAAACAUAAAAAAUAGAAAACCAGGUGACAAAAAAAAAAAAACUAGGAUAUUAUCAAGAUCAAUAUGUCAUAACAUAAUUGAAGAUCUUUUAAAUGGAUUAAAAUUAAAAAAUGUAAAUAAUGUUAAAGAAACAUAUGAUAUAAAUAUAGACGAAUAUUUGUUUGACACAUUUGAAAAAUUCUGUACAUCAAUUUUUGAUGAUAUACCAAUGUGGGUUUUAUGCAGUAUGUUUCAUGUCUUAUAUGGUUGCAAUUCAACCAGAUUGAACCUUAGUGGUUUUUAUUAUGAUUUGCUUUUAAGUAAUAAAAAAUAUGCUUUUGAUAUCUUUUUUAAAUGA